CCCCGUCCACAUCUCCAACCCUAACCCGGAGGAAACAGGAGCGGCUGUGAGGAGGAUGGGAGCUUCUUAAAUUCAAAGAAAUGAGGAAUAUUCCCGCCGCAGUCCUCUGACCCUAGAAGACCACACACCCGUACAAAAAUAAGAGUCGAAGUGAUUGGUUGAAGAGCGGCACCAUGGGCUGUGUGGGCUCAAAGGAAGAGCAUGAGCCUCAGAGCAAAGAGACGGGUAACGAUGAGCUGCAGAACCGCGGUCAGACGGCCCACUAUGUCAAAGACCCCACCGCAGGAAACUCAAGCAAAGCUAGCAAAAUGCCAUCCAAUUCAUCUGCAGGGGAAAGUAUUGCCAUGGCGCUGUUUGACUAUGAGGCCAUUCACGAUGGAGACCUUGGCUUCAAGAAGGGAGAAAAGCUCAAGAUCUUGGAGGAGAUGGGGGAGUGGUGGAGAGCUAUGUUAAUAAGUACAGGUCAGGAAGGCUACAUCCCCAGCAAUUAUGUAGCCAAAGAUACUCUGGAGGUAGAGGAGUGGUUCUUUAAGGGCGUGAGCAGGAAAGAUGCUGAGAGGCAGCUGCUGGCUCAAGGGAACAAAGUAGGAUCCUACAUGAUCCGAGACAGUGAGACGUCCAAGGGCAGCUACUCUCUGUCUGUCAGGGACAACGAUGUCCAACAUUCAGUCAAACAUUAUAAGAUCCGAACGCUGGACAAUGGAGGAUUCUACAUCUCUCCUCGCAUCACCUUUAUCACGCUGCAGGAGCUGGUCAACCAUUACAAGAAGCAGGGAGAUGGCCUCUGUCAAACCCUGACCAGUCCGUGCCUGAGCCCCAAGCCUGACAAGCCGUGGGAGAAAGACGCCUGGGAAAUCCCAAGGUCAUCUCUCAAACUGGACAAGAAGCUUGGUCAAGGCCAGUUUGGAGAGGUCUGGAUGGCUACAUACAAUAAGCAUACCAAGGUAGCAGUGAAGACCAUGAAACCUGGCACCAUGUCAGUUGAAGCCUUUAUGGGGGAGGCCAACCUGAUGAAGAGCCUUCAGCACGAUAAACUGGUCCGACUCCAUGCUGUGGUCUCCAAGGAGGAGCCAAUCUAUAUCAUAACUGAAUACAUGGAGAAAGGUAGUUUACUGGACUUCUUAAAGAGUGAUGAAGGAAACCGUGUCCAGCUCCCCAAGCUCAUUGACUUCUCUGCCCAGAUUGCAGAGGGCAUGGCCUACAUUGAGCAGAGGAACUACAUCCACAGAGACCUGAGAGCUGCCAACAUCCUCGUCAACAAGGCUUUAGUUUGCAAAAUUGCUGACUUUGGCCUUGCUCGUAUUAUUGAAGACAACGAGUACACAGCCAGGGAAGGAGCCAAAUUCCCCAUCAAAUGGACAGCCCCAGAAGCCAUCAACUACGGUUCUUUCACCAUCAAAUCUGAUGUCUGGUCCUUUGGCGUCUUGCUGAUGGAGAUUAUCACCUAUGGGCGCACUCCAUACCCAGGGAUGACCAACCCGGAGGUGAUCCGUUUCCUGGAGAAGAACAACAGAAUGCAGCGCAUUGAGAGCUGUCCCCGCGAACUCUAUGAUAUCAUGCUGGAGUGUUGGAAGAACAAGCCCGAGGAACGUCCCACCUUCGAUUACCUGCAGAGCGUGCUGGAGGAUUUCUACACAGCCACAGAGAGCCAAUACCAGCAGCAGCCAUGAGACUGGACAUCCACAGACAAGUUUUCUCUCAGUAAUCUUCCAGUCAUACUUAGCAGCAGUUUUUACAAUUAGCAGUGCAGUUCAGAGAGUCCUUUAAACUGCACUCAACCUUCUUUUUUUCCUCUUCUUAAUCACAUGAUAUACAAGGGACUGUACAAAACUUAUUGGGGAGAUUUAUAACGUCUAUUUUAUUAUAUAUUGUCUUUUUUAUCUAGCUUCAGGUAUCUCUAUCUUAUAAAACUAGGCCCUAAGUAGCAUUUUUUUUUUUUUUUUUUUAUAUUUUAUUGGGCUCCUCUCCUGUUCAAUGAGUUAGAGCAUUAUAAAGGUAUAUAAUUACAGUGGAAAGCUCAAGACAAUAAAAGAUAUAGAGUCAAAAUACACAGUAAAUACUGUCUGAUUAUUAUUUCUGUUAAUAUUAGAACAUUGCGUCCGGGGCACAUCACAAUAGAUAUUGCAAGACUAUAUACUGUAUAGGUUUGGUCAUAGGCUAAUAUGCAAUAUCAGCUGUACUGGAUAUUCAUCUUUACAAUACUGACCAUUAAUCAUUUGUCAGUCUUGUCAACCAGUAGAUCAGUGCAUUAU